GCUGAGACAGAAAGACGGAAAAGAGCGUUGACAACGGCGCGUGAAGGAUAACACACACACACACACACACACACACAGGAGUUAUUGUUUGUGUAGCUGAGCGGAGAAACUCGUCCGUUUUUAACACAAAAGUGUUUUCCUGGCUGUUGUGUAUGGAAAAUGAGGACGGACGUUCCUGAUAUCAGUCAUCGCCGGACAGAUGCUGGAGAAGGACAGGAGUAAAUGGCGCUGAGCUCCAGUACUGUGCAGGCUCUGAGACAACAGGAGCACCGUGAUGGCUAGCAGACAGGAUGGUCAUGCUGAUCGACCCCUGCUCUCAUCUCUAAGGCCAUCUUCUGCUCCAAAACUAAAUGUGCAGCGCUCGCUAUCCCGAGAGACCAUUACCAUCCAUUUCUCUGCAAUGGGCAAGGAAGAGGAUCAGGAGGAAGAAGGCAUAUAUGGACCAUUAGACCUGCCGGAUGAUGCAGUGACGAACAGUCAAGGAGUAGUAACUGCUUUGGAAGCAAGUGAAGACCUUGUUCUUGAAGGAGAUACAGAGAUGAAUCCCGACGGUAACGUUGUUGCCGAGUCCCUUUCAGCCAUGUCAGGUCAACAGAACACUAAUAAACAGGAACACAGUUUUGCUCCUGCUGAGCCUACAAAGGGGGCAGGAUCCUCAUCAGGCUCCACAAACUCCUCACCUUCCAAAUCGGUGUCACUUCCCUCAAUGGAUAAGGCCUUUCUCAACCUCAUGAAGUCAUUGUCUACAGAUUUUGAGCCCCGGGAAGGUGUCCCCGCUCCUCCUUCUUUGCGCCAUCGGCAGUUGAUGAAGAAUCUGGUCAAAUCUUUGUCUACAGACACAACCCAGGAGCCCUCUGGAUCAAACCGCUCUUCAGACUCCCGCCUCAACCUGCACCUCUUCAAACAGUUUACUCAACCCCGAAUGACAACAAGUGCAGGAGACUCCAAAACCGCUCCAUCAUCUCCAUUAACCUCACCUGACAACCGUACCUUCUCCUUCAAGGUGUCGGAGGUGGAGGCCCGCAUUGAAGACACGAAACGGCGUCUUUCAGAAGCCAUUUCAGAGCCUUUGCACUUGAUUAGCAAGUUUAUUGGAGAUGAAACUAUUUAUAAACCUAAACCUCUUUCAUCCAGUGUCACAGAAUUGACCAGUUUUUCCGCUCUAAAUGGCCAUCUUGAAAGCAACAAUAAUUACAGUAUCAAGGAAGAAGAAGGUGACCUGGAUAGUGAAGGUGUUACUCCAGAAGCAACUGAGCUGGCCUCAGGUGCUGAAAGCAAGACUGCCAAAGCUUGUCCUUCCUCUCUGGGAUUGGACAAGUGCUCAAUGUCUGCACUUGCCAAACAGGAUGACGAAGAGUUCUGUGAACUUUACAGUGAUGAAUUUGAGUUGUCUGUGGAUACAGAGGUGCAGGUUGAUCAUACUGAGUGCAGGAAGUCUGGAAGCAGUUCUUCCAAACCUGCUAGUCAAAGCACAAGGAUCAGUGAAGAUGAAAUGGAGUUGGUAUCAGCAUGUAGUGUUCCACAUAAGACUUUGUUAGCGCUGACCAUCAUUACCUAUGGGUACUUUAUUCUACCUUUGCCCGCUUACCUCGGAGGAAUGUUGCUGGGUGUAGCACUAGGGUUCAUGCUAGCCAUUGGUGUAGUUUGGCUAACGGGCCCAAAGCAACCAAAGAUUAGACGUUCAAGGGCGCAGAGGGAUCUGUGGAACGUGGCACAGCUGGAUAUUAAAGAGCCGGGCAUCUUCAAGGGUUGGAUGAACGAGAUUCAGAAUUACGACCCGGAAACCUACCAUGCAACGCUGACCCACUCUGUGUUCGUGCGCUUGGAAGGCAACACUUUGCGGAUCUCCAAACCCAACAAGAACAUCGCCCGGCGAGCCAGUUACAAUGAACCCAGGCCAGACGCCACAUAUAUCAGCCAGAAAAUCUAUGAUCUUACAGAUAGCAAGGUGUCCCUGGUGCCCCAGAGUCUGGCCAGGAAGCGGGUGUGGAACAAGAAGUACCCGAUACGCAUUGAACUGGCCAAGCAGGACGACUUCAUGUCUAAAGCAGAAGCAGACAGAGCCAACGAAGAGAAGGACAAUCAAGACAUUGCGGGUUCACAGGAAGGAGGAAGGGUGGGUUCAGACCGUGAACUGCCCACCAUCUACUUGUUUGGAAGAACAGGAAGGGAAAAAGAGGAGUGGUUCCGGAGAAUUCUUUUAGCCUCGAAACUCAAAUCUGAAGCGGCUAAGAGAACAGCAAGCUUGCCAGCUAGUAAGAGUGCCCCAGCGCUGUCCCAUAGCCGCAGCAGUAGCCGAGGCAGUCUGGAUGAGCUCCUAUCAUCUCAGGCAGCUAAGAAGGAUUCGAGUGUAAGCGCCAGACAGAGGCCUCUAUUGGACUACAGUAUCUACAUGGCCAACUACAUCGGCACUUCUAAAGCAACCAGUACCAACACCAGUCCAGUAGAAAGCCCACACAGCAGCCCUGGGGUGGGCAAAAAGUUGCCAAGCAGCCCAGUAAAAGAAAAAGAGGAGGUGUCUGUGAGCUGGCUGAACGCUCUGAUUGGCCGGAUCGCGUGGGACUUCUUCAGGGAGCAGUACUGGUCUGAUUGGGUGUCUAAGAAGAUCCAGAUGAAGCUCAGUAAAAUCAGAUUGCCUUACUUCAUGAACGAGCUGACGCUGACUGAGCUCGACAUGGGCGCCUGCACUCCCAGAAUCCUUUGGGCCUCUCAGCCAUCAGUGGAUCAUCAGGGUCUUUGGUUUGAUGUGGAAGUCUCCUACAAAGGCUCGUUCCUUAUGACUCUGGAGACAAAGAUGAACCUGUCGCGACUGGGGAAGGAGGGCGAGGCUGUCGGCGAGUUUGGAAAAGAAGGGCACAGGCCACGCACGUACUGCCUGGCCGAUAGCGACGAAGAGUCUUCCAGCGCCGGGUCUUCUGAUGAAGACGAUGGGAAGGAGAACAUCGCUGAUAAAAACUUGCAGCCGGGCGCAGAGGGAUACGCCGGAGUCCACAGGCCGAGCAAGAUCAUGAGAUUCGUGGACAAGAUAACCAAGAACAAAUACUUCCAGAAGGCUACAGAGACCGAGUUCAUUAAAAAGAAAAUUGAGGAAGUGUCAAACACACCACUCCUCCUCACUGUGGAACUUCAGGAGUGUAAAGGAACGCUGGCUGUCAACAUCCCGCCUCCCCCAACUGACAGGAUAUGGUACGGAUUUCGCAGCCCUCCUCUCCUGGAGCUGAAGGCUCGGCCCAAACUCGGAGAGAGAGAAGUGACGCUCGCCCACGUUACUGACUGGAUAGAAAAGAAACUGGAGCAAGAGUUUCAGAAAAUCCUCGUGAUGCCAAACAUGGACGACGUGUGGCUCACCGUCAUGCAUUCUGCCAUGGACCCUCGGUCAGAUGCGACGGCAACAGAGAGCAAGGGAGUCACGUCUGUCCCCGAGGUUGACCUACUACCUACGACUGAGGGGCUGUGAAGGACAACUACCAGUUCCAGUAUUGGCAAAAUGAGAGCUGAUACCAUGGCUACAAAAGUCAUGGAACUUUUGAAGAAGUAGAGGAGCAUAGAAAGACAACGCUGCUUUAAUGACUUUGUCAACAAGAUGGUUCAUUCCUGUGGAAGAAAUAUGCGAGGACAAACACGGAGAGUAUAGAGCUAGAGUAAUAAGUAAUGUUGAUGCAGGAAGGAUGGCCACGUGCAAUGAAAACCUAUGAAGGAAGACCGAUGGUUACACGAAUAUUUAAUCAGGUAAAGAUAUCUGUGCAUAUCUGUGUUUAUGAGCGCCUAAAGCGUUAACUCUUGGAGGUCCACUGCACUACGAUUUAAUACAUACUAAACAUCUAUGGAGAUUAUUUUUUUUUCUGUGUCAUGCACUAACACACUGAUUUCUGCUAAUUAUCACACAGAGUGUGUGAGUAACACAAAAAGUCAUGGUGCAGAAGGACUUGAAGACUCCCUCUGUAUGUGACGAUAACCCUAAGCUAUAUGAUUUCCUUUGAAAUGAUCAGAUCUUUGGUAUCGUUGGAGCCUGGAUCAGCUUAGACGUACACUGUGCCUGAGUACACUGCCCUCGAUGAAGUCAUUUUUAUUCUCGUAUCAUGAAGCAGGCUAUUAGAAGGCUAAUGUUUUGCGUGCGAAUGUAAGAGAGAAUGUUAUAACGUCUAUGGGUACAUUAUUAUGGGUGUUGUUUAUUUAAUUUAAUAUAAUAGUAGCAUCAAAUGCACACAUCUAAACAACCAGUUUAUAAUAGACCCAAGCGUCUCAUCUGAACACAAUAUCACAGUAUAUCAUAUAAAGCCAUAUCAGUACAUGCCUCCUGGGACAGCACUGUGUUUAAGUGUGUGUUUUGUGGUCUGUAGCGGUGUAUACUGCUUGCUCCAUUCAAUAUCAGUGUGACUAUAAAAGCUUUUCCACACUCAAAAUCCAGAGCUGCACCUUUUUAACCCCAUCCCCAAGAUUUAUAUGGUUUUACCCCGUUAAUAACCAAAUACUGUGACGUAUUAACACUAAUGACGGUAUUAAUAUACAGACACCCCCUCUAGCUGCAGCUAUACACACAUUAACUGCAUAACACACACUGAAAAGAGCCAGCGUAAUCAUUACACCCAUGCAUUUUAAAGGUGCAGUUUGUAAAAGUGGUUUUUGGACCAAAAUGAUCCCGUCACAUGUGUGGCACCCUGGGGAAAACCUCUUCAUACUAUAUUGUUAUUUUUUUACAUGUGUCUUGAUCACAAAGAAAGUUAAAUCCUAGUCACAAAAUGUACAAACUGCCCCUUUAAAUUUCUUUAAUGUAAGCUAUUUUUUGUGUGUGUACAACUAUUUGUUCACUAACUAUAUAUAUAACGUGAUGAAUAAUGCUUUUAAAAAGAAACAAAAUUAGAUCAUUUUGCCCCUGUUGCUUCGGCUCACGAUUCUGCCCAAGUUCAGGCUUUGACGGUAUCGGUUAUGAUGAUACACGUCAACAAGCACACAAGCAAAACCCGGGCCAUAAAAAUAUGACUAGAAGAUGACGGACCUGCUUCCCAUGAGUACAUUCUGUAUCGAGUGAAUGAUCCUACUUCUCAGUGCCACUUUUUAGUGAGUGUGUAUGAUUGGGUGUUACGACCAUGAUGAUAUUAUAUACACGGGAUGUGGAAAGUCUGGGAGUAAUGAAUGUAUGAUUUUUGUAUUGUGUAUGUGUGUGUGUGUGUGUGUGUAGGUCUAGUGUAUACAGUUCAUGCUACUAUAAGAGUUGAUACAAAUGAAGAACAUACGAAGAUCUUUUACUGAUUUAAAAAGAAAUAAUAUAUAUAUAUAAAUAUAAUAUGAAUGCAAUGCUGAUUUGCCAGGAACAGAAAUUUAAUUUUUUUUUUCUAUUCUGAAUUUUUAUUUAAUAAUGUAAAACAUUCCCAAUUCAGAUCCUAUGUGAAUGAAGCAAAUUAUUAUUAUUAUUAUUAUUAUUAUUAUUAUAUAUAUAUUUUUUUUUGUAAUAUCCAAGCAGUAAAAAAAAAAAAUUUUGUUUCAUGCUUUUGUUUCUUUGUUUUUGGGUUUUAUUAUUAUUAUUUUUUUUUUUUUUUGGUCUGUUUUGUACAUCUAAGGCUUGGUAUGAUGAGUGCAGAGAUGGUAAAGAAAUGGUUUAAACACUCGCUAAUCGGUGUCUAACGGUCACCAUCGUGCCAUAACGGUUUACGGAAAUCCGGGCCUUGUUUGAGAUGUUACUAUAAUUGUUGAAAGAUAUCGCCUGUGGUUUAUAACGCAAUUAUCUUCACACUUUAUUGUGAUUUGUUUACUAGUGUAUGUUUCCAUUGGGGAAGGAUAUUAACUUGAAAUGAACCUCGGCAGUUUUCUUUUUCCAGCCUGUCUGUAAUGAGAGGUUGCUUGUAAUGCUUUGUGAAUGUCUUUAUUUUGGGAGCAGGGAUAUUGCUCAGAGCUACUGCCCCAACCCAAGUGCCCAAUUUUACAGUGUGUUGAGCAUAUAACCCAUUAUUGAUCUAGGCACAUGCAUGAAAGAAAUGAAGUAAAAAAAAAAAAAAAAACAAGAAAUAAA